UAAUUGUAUAGCUUUAAUAAUCAAUAAAGUAAUCGCCAAAUGACCCAAUCCAGAGGAGAGGACACAAUUUGACUGCCUCUUCUAUUAAUUCUAUUUAAAGAACCUCCGAACAAGGAGUGAGCUCAACCCACUAGAUAGCAAAUUUAAGCCAAAAACAUGGCUAACAUGGCUUACCAAUCUUUGCUAGAUACUCCCUCAAAAAAAUCCAACAACGUCAGAUUUCGCUAUGUUGUUAUUGGCUUGGCAGCCAUCUUAGGUACAAUUGCCAUAUUUUCUGUUACGGUUCCCUUCAAAACUAGCCUACUUAGUAACGAUGCUGUUUCAUCAAAAGCCCAUCUUUGUAAUCAUGCUUAUGAUCCCUCCUCAUGUUUGGCUGUACUAUCCGAAGUGAGUCGUCAUUCUCCUGGAUUGCUCCAGCAAUCCAGCGAUGCUAACUUACUUGGGAUGGUUUUAGCAAAAUCAUCCUACCAUAUCCGAGAAACCAUAGAAUUCGCCCACCAUGUGACGGGUCGGAUCAAUGACAGAACCGGGCAGGCUGCAUUAGCUGACUGCAUGCAGCUGAUGGACUUAUCUAUGGAUAGAGUCAUAGACUCCAUGGUGGCUCUAGCAAGUAUCCAAACGGGUACCAACUCCCAUUGGGAUAUCCACUCGUGGCUGUCUAGUGUUCUCACGAACCAUGUUACGUGCCUGGAUGGGUUGACGGGGGCAGCCCGUUCGGUAAUGGAGCCGAUGGUGAACGAAAUGGUAUCUAGAGCCAGAGCUUCAUUGGCUGUGUUUGUUGCAGUUAAACCACAAAAAGAAGAAGAAGACGCAGAAACGCUGGACAAACCACUUAAUGGUGAUCUUCCAUCAUGGAUCACUACUAGAGACCGGAGGCUCUUGCAAUCGUCGGGUCAAAACAUAAAUGCAAAUUCGGUGGUAGCACAAGAUGGAAGCGGGAAUUAUAAGACGGUUCAAGCUGCGGUUGACGCAGCUCCAAAUAAUUCCCCAAGUCGUUAUGUCAUUUACAUUAAAAAAGGAACUUACAAAGAACAAGUCAGUAUCGGAAAGAACAAGAAGAACUUGAUGUUGGUUGGCGACGGGCAGGAUGCCACUAUUAUCACCGGAAGUUUGAACGUUGUUGAUGGAUCAACCACCUUCAACUCUGCCACUGUUGCUGCUGUUGGGGACGGAUUCAUAGCCCAAGAUCUCCGUUUCCAGAACACAGCCGGACCGGAGAAACACCAAGCCGUCGCACUUCGGGUCGGAGCCGACAAAUCGGUGAUAAACCGGUGCAGGAUCGAUGCGUACCAAGACACUCUCUACGCCCACACUCUCCGCCAAUUCUACCGAGACAGCUACAUCACCGGCACCGUGGACUUCAUCUUCGGAGACGCCGCCGUGGUCUUGCAAAACUGCCAGCUCGUGGCCCGCAAGCCCAUGAACAACCAACAGAACAUGGUCACGGCCCAAGGCAAGGCCGACCCGAAUACAAACACCGGAACAUCCAUCCAAAACUGCAACAUAGUGCCGAGUUCCGAUCUUGCACCGGUAAAAGGAUCCAUUAAAACGUUUCUGGGCCGGCCAUGGAAAGCGUAUUCCAAGACGGUGGUGAUGCAGUCGACCAUUAGUGAUCAUAUUAACCCGGCCGGGUGGGCCCCCUGGGAUGGUGAUUUUGCAUUGAAGACUUUGUACUACGGCGAGUAUUUGAACAGAGGACCCGGAGCUGGAACUAGCCAGAGGGUGAAAUGGCCCGGUUACCGCGUUAUCACCAGUGCGGCGGAGGCCAAUAAGUUCACGGUGGCGCAACUCAUUCAGGGCGGUCAAUGGUUGAAGAACACUGGAGUCACCUACACUGAGGGUCUCUGAUUUUAUUUUAUUUUUUAAAUUAAUCAAAAGGAGUAUUUGUCACCUUUUGCGUUUCUGCUGCAUCUUUCAUCAAUAAUGUACCAGUAGUAUCUCUUUUCUUCUUUUGCUCUUUUUUUAAUCACUAGUUCGCUCCAGCCUAGAAACCUAAUCUGUGUUCAUGACUCAUAUGUACCAUUAGCCUACUUUGAUAAUUUAUAUAAAUAUAAAUAAUGACGGCUUUUGUUUGUG